AAACGUGUAAACUUAUAUUUAUUGUGCGAAUUUCUGGUAAAAAAUUGUUUUACCUGAACAAUGAAAUGUUUGAGAAGUUUGCGCGGAUACGUAUUGAAAUGAAAUUACAAGACGCCCAAGCGCGAUUUCAAUGUCUCCAAAGAUGAUAGUAGACUGACAGAUACAAAAAUUCUUGCAAGAAUGUCAGCUGUUAUUGAUGACAAAAUUGUGGCUGGAGCACAAGAUCCAAACAUUGUCAAAGAGGAUCCCAUCGUUGAGCUAACUGAUAAAGUGAAAUCGCUGUAUUUGUUUCGAGAUCAUUAUUUUGAAAACCACUCCAUUGAAGAUGCUAUAAGAAAAAGCAAGGAUGUUGAAGCAGAAAUGAAGAAUACCCUUGCUAAGUUUGAUGAGUGUAAAGGAUACGAGAUCGAUGGUGCUCGAGCAAAGUAUUAUUAUUUGAAAGGCAAAACCUUGAAUGUAGUAGACAAGUUUACACCCCAAGCGGAGGAACUUUUAAGCAAAGCUGUUAAGUUAGAGCCAAAACUAAUAGAAGCCUGGAAUGAACUUGGGGAGUGUUACUGGAAAAAUGAUGAUAUUCAACAAGCAAAGAACUGUUUCACUGGUGCCUUGCCACAUGGAAAAAACAAGGUAUCUUUGAGAAACUUAUCAAUGGUACUAAGGCAAGAAGCUACUUUGACUAAAGAAGAGACGAUUAAAAAUGUCCAGCAAGGUGUAGAGUAUGCCAAAGAAGCCAUAAGUUUGGACCCAUCCGAUGGUACUUCUUGGGCUAUUUUGGGAAAUGCUUACUUGUCUUGUUAUUUCACGAUAGCACAAAAUCCUUCUACAUUACGUCUUUGCAUGUCUGCUUAUGGACAAGCGGAAAAGGACUUGAUUGCUAAAAGUAAUCCAGAUUUGCAUUACAAUAAAGCAAUGGCUCUGAAAUAUCAAGAAGAAUACAAAUUGGCUUUAGAAUCAUUCCAAAAGGCAAAAUUGCUAGAUCCGACUUGGCCGACCCCAAGCGAAAAACAAAAGGAAUUAUUGCAGUAUCUUAAUAAUGUGCAAAAGUCUGUAAAUACAAAAGGCAGUAUUAAAACAAAAAAGAUGAUUCAAAUGACCCAAUCUCUCAAUGAAAAACAUUUGGGGCCUUACAUGGGAGGAUGUUAUACUUCAGGAGAUAAGUCAGUUAAAUUAGAUUUAAUUAAUGUAAAAGACUUAACACGAGGUAUUAAUUUAGAAAAAGUUGUCUUUGGCAAAGUUGUUUGUUGGAUUCAAGAUUCAGAUUCAGUACCAUUCGUUUUUUGCAUGAUUGAUAAAGAAAAGACUUGUGUGGCUGUGACUUUAUACAAUUUAGCACAAGGAAAAGGUGUUACAGUUGGAGAUUCUGUUGCUAUACCUGAGCCUUUUUUAAUUCAUCAUCAAUUUACUUACCAAGAUGAUAAAUUUGAUUUUAAAUCGAUUAGAGUUGAAACGCCAGUCGUUUUGGUUGUGAACGGAAAGAAAUUAGGACGAGAACAGCAAGCUAGCGUGAAAAUGUCUACUUUUAAAAAAAGUGACUAAUCGUGAAAAUAUUUAGAACAAGUUUUGUACUAAAGUACAAUGAUGUGAUCAGUAUGUGUUGAACUGGCUGAAUAAUGAAAUUGAUGCAACGGAUGCAUAACGAGGGUAAUAGGAUUAAAUGAAAAUUCAUCGUUUAUCUUGUAAUAAUUU